CCCGAUUUCAAGUAACAGAGAGCGGGCUUGCGAGAUCUUCGCACAGCUCACCGAACCUUUGUAACAUACCACAAAUUUGCAGCGGAAUGGUCGAUAAUAACUUGAAUAGUGGUCGAGCCAGACCAGUUGCGCCACCGCCACCACCACCACCACAACAGCCUCCGGAGUCAAUACCAGUAAAUUUUGGUAUUAAUCACCCAUCUCCAUUUCCGGCUUUAGUCGCGGCUGCUGUAACCGACCAAGCAGUACUUUACGACACUGCCGCAAACCGUCUUCCAGCUGACUGGGCAUGGAGUGCUACCAAUAGAACCAACUUCAUCUGUCAUUCGCAGGGUGGCACAACUAUCAGAUAUCUGAUCGAGCUAUUAUCUGGAGCGAGCGAUCCCGACCUACCACAAUUUCUCGGUACCAACCGUCAAAGCUGGGUCAAGUCUGUGGUAACGUUGGGAACCCCUCACAAAGGCACAACUGUGACGGAGGUAGUAGAUAGUAUUCUCAAUCCACGUGGCUUAGACCCACUCAUAGACUUUGUUACCUCGUGCUCAUUUGAAGAUAAGGGGCAGAGGCUUUACGAUCUCCACCUAGACCAUUGGGGAUUUCAUCGCACCAACCCAGGACAAACCUACCAAGAGAUGCGUGCGGAAAUUGCCCCUACUAUUGCUGCGUGGUGGGCUGGACCACACAAUGGACUUUUCGACAAUAGUAUUCAAGGUGUUACCGCUCUUGACUUGUUUGCCCCGAAUCCGUCACCAGAUAUCUAUUACUUCACAAUGUCUUUCUGUGCUACUCAACCGUUUCUAGACGUCAUGCUUACAGCCCAAGAUGUCAACGAAUUCCUGGCAUUGUUUCCAUUGAACUGGCUCUGGAAUCCCCUAGGAGUAUUUGGAAGAGUUGCAGCUCCACUUCAAUCACUUGGGAGUAUACUAGGUGUCCUCCCUUCACUUCAUGCGACACUUACGAGCGUCACUCGCAUGGCAAACCGCCAUCUUGGGAAAAUGGGAUAUUUCUCACAGAUUCCUGCACCUGGCACACAACUGCCCCGGUCAGACAUGCUCCCACUCAUAAUGUUUUUUGCUUACGCCAUGGGAGGACGCAAUACCACACCUCCUGGGUGGCCAGCUGGCAAUUCAGAGGCAUUUAAACUCAACGAUGGUAUAGUUAAUACUGAGUCGAUGGAUGGCCCGGUUGGAGGACCUGUGAACUAUGGAAACUUUACACAACAGCUCGCUGCAACUGGUGGUCAAUUUGUCAAAGGAGAGUAUUGGCAUUUGGGAACGAACGGGACUGUAGAUCAUGCUGAUCAAGUAGGGGUAUUUACAGAUCCCAUCACGAAUGCUGAGGUCAAGGUUAUGUAUCUGUUGUUUGCAGAGCUUGGAGACCGUCUGCUGUAA